AUGCUUGAAUCAAAUGGAAAAAAACAAAUCAAAACCAGUUUCAAAGUUAUCCAGUCAAUUGGUCAACUUUACACUGGCGGGAAAGCAUGUAUAACAUCUGACGAGAAUGCUUUAAUAACAACUGUUGGAGAAGAUAUUGAUGUUAUUAAUAUUUAUGACGGACAAAAAUUGUUUAGACUAAGUGGUGAUAGUGAUCUUAUCACUACCUUUGGCAUAACGCCUGAUGACAAAUUAUUAGUUAGUGCUAGUAGAAGUUUAUUAGUGAAAAUUUGGGAUUUAAAAACUGGAAAACUUUUAAGAACUUUUAGAGCACAUGAUUCGCCAAUAAUUGUAAUGGCAAUCGAUCCAACUUCUUCAUUAGUAGCAACAGGAUCUGCUGAUGGUGUUGUUAAAAUAUGGGAUAUAGAAGGUGGAUUUUGUACGCAUAAUUUUCACGGUCAUGGAGGUGUAAUCAGUUCAUUAAAAUUCUAUAAACAAGGUCAAAAUAAUUGGAAAUUGGCUUCUGGGUCAGAUGAUUGUAAUAUUCGUAUAUGGGAUUUACAUAAAAGAAGCUGUGUUGCUAUAUUAAAAAACCAUGUUAGUCUAAUUAGUGGCCUAGAUGUAUCUAAUGAUGGAAGAUAUUUAAUAAGCAGCUCUCGUGAUAAAGUAAUAUGUACAUGGGAUCUUCAUAAUAUCGACAAUAAUAAAAAAAUAUUAAUUAACACAUUUCCAAUUUAUGAGACAAUCGAAGUGAUAGGUGUAUUAGAAGAGAAUUCUACUGAUGAUUCAGGCAGUUCAUCCAAAGAAUUGAUUUAUACUGGUGGUGAUAAAGGUAUAAUUAGGGUAUGGGAACUUCAUACCGGUAAACUAUUUAUGUCACAAGAACCUGAAAAAAAUACAAAAUACACAAUAAAAGAUAUAAUAUAUUUAAGGAAAAGUAAAAGUCUAAUAGCAGUAACAGAUGAUCAAAACUUUUUAUUUUACAAUUUAUCCAAAAAUUUAAAAAGAUAUAGACAAAUCAUUGGUAACAACGAUGAAAUACUAGAUCUUUCUUUUAUUGGUCCAGACGAAACUCAUCUGGCCAUAGCUACAAACACAGAACAAAUUGGAUUGUUUAACAUGACAGCGUUUGACUUUAAUAUUGUUUAUGGUCAUAAUGAUAUAGUUAUUUGUCUGGAUAAAAAUAAUACAGGUGAUAUUCUCAUUUCUGGUUCAAAGGAUCAUACUAUUAGAAUUUGGAAGUUUGAUCUGAACAGUCAAGAUGCAUCUGAUCGGGUUAAAUGUUUGGGCGUUUGUGUUGGUCAUACUGAGGCUGUCGGUUCUGUUGUUAUGUCCAAAAAAACUGAAAAUUUUUGUAUUAGUGGCAGUGCUGAUCGAACUAUAAAAUAUUGGGAUCUAUCAUCAAUUGAUAAAUCAGAUCCAGAUGAAAACCAUAAACCCAAGUCUCUUUAUACUCAUCAUGCACACGAUAAAGACAUCAACACAAUAGCCAUUUCACCAAAUGAGAAAAUAUUUGCAACAGGGUCACAAGAUAAAACCAUAAAGAUAUGGUCAACAAAAGAUGGUAAUUUGGUUGGUAAAUGUUUAGGACAUAAACGUGGUGUCUGGUCUAUUGAUUUCUCCAGGAUGGAUCAGACCUUAUUAUCAAGCUCUGGUGACAAAACCAUAAAAAUUUGGAAUUUGAAUGAUUUCACUUGUUUGAAAACUUUUGAAGGCCAUCAGAACACAGUAUUGAGAUCCGUGUUCAUCACAUCAGGUUCACAAGUUGUUUCAUGUGGAUCAGAUGGAUUGAUAAAAAUUUGGUUGAAUAAGACAACCGAGUGUAUUAAUACACUUGAUAAUCACACUGAAAAAAUUUGGGCGUUGACUGUUAAUAAAAAUGAAAAUUUGAUAAUUUCAGGUGGUGCUGAUAGUUUAAUUAAUAUUUGGAAAGAUUCGCAGAAGUUAUUAAUGCAUUUCCCACUUUUGCAUGCUUUAUCUACAAAACAAGAGCCUCCAGCAGGACGAUCAUCAGUGAGUUGGCAUUUGAACGUAUCAGAACCAGUAAUACGACAAAUUAAAGUUAUACAAUCAGGGUCAAAAUUGGCGCCUACGCAAGGCUCUCCUUGGUUAAUAAGGCACAAUUUAUUAUCGCCACAUACUUCUCCAUCAGAACAAUCAGCAUCAUCAUUACAAGCAUCAUCUGAUAAAUGUAAUAGAUUAAGACACAUACUCGGUCUUCUUUUGAAGAGUCCAUUUCCACCGUUGAUGCUUAUUGCACCAACAAAGACGCUGGAGAAGAUUGUUGCAAAGAGCACAAUUAAAAGAGUUAGUUUCAUUGUUGAAAAUUUGAAGUGUGCAAUUAAUAUUAAUGACAAAUGA